AUGACCUCUCAACGGUCAGAAGAAUCUACGAAGGGCGAAAAGGAAGAGGUCGAGGAGGCCAAAGCAGUCACUCUUCAACCUUUAAACCUUCAGCUCGAUACUGGUGAUGAGUAUACCAACUUCCGUCAAAAAUGGUGGCAGUUGUGGUUACCUAAGGACCCACCUCCCCCAGCUCCCCCGUCUCUGGAGGAUGCAGCGCUGACGCCUUUGGCCAAUGCUUCCAUUUUCUCUCAGCUCACCUACACCUGGAUAACCGACAUAAUGGUUCUUGGAUAUCAGCGCACGUUACAAGCGUCUGAUCUAUACAAAAUGGACACAUCCCAAGAGUCAGACGUCCUUGCCGCUAAACUUGAAGCUGCAUGGCAGCGGCGUGUUAGGGCUGCAGCUGACUGGAAUGCACGUCUUGAGAGCGGAGAACUUAGGCCAUCUCUCUUCAAGCGUACCGGCUGGGCCUUGCGUGCUAUUUCCAGGAAUGAUCAGAAACAAGGCGCGACUUGGUCUGAACGACGUGCAGCGUUUCAGAAUCAUUGGCGAGAGUCCGAAGGCCGGAAAGAGGCUAGCCUUACUUGGGCUUUGAAUGACGUCUUUCGUGGUAUGUUCUGGAUUGGGGGUGCAUUCAAGGCAUGGGUUUUUGGUGAUACAGCACAACUCAUGGGUCCUAUCGUCCUUCGGCAAAUCAUCGUCUUUGCAGAGGAGCGUUCAGCUGCGAUCAUUGCCGGGGAACCUGCCCCCAAUGUCGGUCGCGGUAUCGCCAUGGCUCUUGGGCUCUUUGCACUCACCGUGACAGCCAGCAUCUGCACCCACCAGUUCUUUUGGCGUUCAAUGACAACAGGCGUACUGGCUAGAGCUGCACUAAUAACAUGCAUUUACGAGCGCGGAGUGAACCUCACAGGCAAAGCACGUGUCAAACUCGACAAUGCCGUGCUUGUUAAUCAUAUCUCUACGGACGUGAGCAGGAUUGAUGCGUGUGCGCAGUGGUUUGUGACCUGGACUGCGCCUAUCCAGGUCACAGUUUGUUUAAUCAUUCUUUUAACUGAGCUCGGGCCGUCUGCGCUCGCUGGUUUCUCGCUAUUUGCCCUCAUGAUUCCACUUCAACAGUGGUUAAUGGCACUGCAGCACCGUAUUCGCUUAGCGUCGAUGAAGUGGACUGAUCAACGAGCCAAAGUCCUGCUAGAGGUACUCGGAGCUAUACGAAUUGUCAAGUACUUCUCAUACGAGGUUCCCUUCCUUCAAAGAAUCUUCGAGCUUAGAAAGAAGGAACUGCGUGGUAUCCGAUGGAUUCUUCAUUUAACUUCGGCGAAUUUGGCGCUUGCUUCUUCGCUCCCAGUCCUCGCUGCUACACUAGCUUUCGUCACGUACACCCUUACAGCACACAACUUCAACGUUGCUGUCAUAUUCAGUUCGCUGAGUUUGUUCCAGCUUCUCCGGCAACCGAUGCUGUUCAUGCCUCGCGCUCUAUCAGCUAUCCCCGAUGCAGCCAGCGCGAUUCAGCGGCUCACGCACGUGUUCCGCGCAGAGCAAAUUUCCGGAGAUACACUCAUAAUCGACAAGGACCAAGAACCCGCACUUCUGAUGAAGGACGCGACAUUUGAGUGGGAGUCGCACGGACAAGACUCUGGUGAAGCUUUUAGCUCGAAGAAGGGCGCAAGCGGCGGCGGUCCACCGAGGGGCAAGCAUAGGAACGUGAAGGAGGACACGGUGAAAGAAAAAUCCACUCCUGUUAAGGAUGCACCUCUCUUUAAGGUAAUGAAUGUGACCAUGACCAUUCCACGAGGUCAGCUCGUCGCUGUAGUUGGGCCUGUCGGAAGCGGCAAGUCCAGUCUAUUGCAAGGACUGAUAGGAGAGAUGAGGAAGGUCUCCGGGCAUGUCUCGUUUGGCGGUCGUGUUGGUUAUUGUCCGCAGACCGCAUGGAUCCAGAAUGCUACGUUGCGUGAUAAUAUCACUUUUGGCCAACCAUUCGAGGAAGAUAGAUAUUGGCGCGUCAUCGAGACCGCUUGUCUACUUCCUGAUCUCCAACUGCUCCCAGACGGCGAUUUGACUGAGAUCGGAGAAAAGGGAAUCAAUCUCAGCGGUGGCCAAAAGCAGAGAGUCAACAUUGCUCGUGCUCUGUACUUUGACCCUGAAAUUGUCAUAUUCGAUGACCCGCUCUCGGCAGUGGAUGCUCACGUCGGAAAGUCCUUGUUCCAAGAUGCUAUCGUGGGUGCCCUACGAAAUCGUGGCAUUACUGUCAUUCUGGUCACGCAUGCAAUCCACUUCCUCUCUCAAGUAGAUUAUAUCUACACCAUGAACAACGGCGUCAUCACAGAAAGCGGGACCUACGAGGAAUUGAUCUCCCGCGGUGGUGACUUUGCGCGUUUGGACCUGGAGUUCGGUGGUCAUGCGUCGGAGGGGAAAGACGAAGACCAGGCAGAGGAAGUCACUCUGCAAACAGGCAUUACAAUCGAGGGUGUGAAGUUGAAGUCAGAAAGAGCCAGAGAAAAGGCUACUGGCAGGGGCAAGCUCGAAGGUCGCUUGAUCGUCAAAGAGAAGCGGUCGACGGGUUCCGUGUCCCGAGGAGUGUACUGGGCCUACUUGGUUGCGGGACGCGGUUCAAUAACAGGUCCCCUACUCCUUAUCUUCAUGCUUGCGAUGCAAGGAAGCUUGAUCUUGAACUCGUACACCCUAGUUUGGUGGGAGACCAACAAAUUCGACCGACCAAAUUCAUUCUAUCAGAUCCUGUAUGGCUGCCUAGGGGUUGCUCAAGCGAUCUUCACAUUCUUGCUCGGUGCUGGAAUGGACUUCAUUUCCUAUUAUGUGUCUCAAGGCCUGCACCACAAGUCCGUACGCAACGUCUUUCAUGCAUCCAUGUCCUUUUUCGACACUACUCCAAUGGGCCGAAUCCUGAGCAUUUUUGGCAAAGAUGUCGACAAUGUUGAUAAUCAAUUACCACAAUCAAUGAGAUUGCUGGUCAUUACGCUGUCCAGCGUGAUGGGCUCUAUCAUCAUCGUUGCUGUCCUUGAACCAUAUUUUAUUAUUGCUGUGUUCUUCAUCGCUCUCGGUUACGGCUACUUCGCUGCCUUCUAUCGAGCUGGUGCUCGUGAGGUCAAGCGCCUGGACUCUAUGUUUCGCUCUCUUCUGUACGCCCACUUUUCGGAGACCUUGACAGGACUUCCUACCAUCCGAAGCUACGGGGAAAUGAAGCGAUUUAUUUCUGCCAACAAAUACUACGUUGAUCUGGAGAACAGAGCUCUAUACCUUGUGGUUACGAACCAGAGGCAAGUAACCUUAUGGCUUUCAAUAAGGUUGGACUUCAUGGGAGGCAUGUUAGUCUUCUUGGUUGCUGUUCUCGCGGUGAUCGACGUCUCCGGGAUAAACGCUGCCCAGAUAGGGUUGGUACUGACGUAUACUACCUCGCUGACACAAAUGUGCAGUCUAUUAACCAGACAAACAGCAGACGCUGAGAAUUACAUGAAUUCAGUGGAACGAUUGGUACAGUACGUCGCAGGCGACACGAUACCUCAAGAGGCUCCGCAUGAGAUUGAAGAACGAAAGCCCCUGGCGCAAUGGCCCGAACAUGGCGCCGUCGAAUUCAACGACGUAAAAAUGGCGUAUAGGCCGGGCCUUCCCAAUGUAUUGAGGGGCAUCUCUGUCAAGGUCAGGGGAGGCGAAAAGAUAGGUGUUGUUGGAAGGACUGGUGCUGGCAAAUCUUCGUUGAUGCUCGCACUGUUUCGAAUUGUUGAGUUGUCUGGUGGUUCAAUCACUAUUGAUGGUGUCGAUAUAUCUACCAUGGGUCUUCAAGAUCUCCGAUCCAAGAUUUCGAUUAUCCCACAAGAUCCUCUUCUAUUCAGCGGGACCAUACGCUCCAACCUGGAUCCAUUCUCCCAACACAGUGACGCGGUGCUAUGGGAUGCGCUGCAUCGAUCUUGUCUUCUUGAUUCUAGCACCUCGAAACAGUCAUCUUCCAGUGAUGGCGUCGGAAGCGAGCAAGCUUCCACCAGCCGCUACGACCUCGACAGCAUCAUUGAGAGCGAAGGAGCGAACCUCAGUGUUGGGGAGAGAUCUCUGCUCAGUCUAGCUCGUGCGCUCGUGAAAGACUGCAAAGUCGUCGUGCUUGACGAGGCCACAGCGUCUGUAGAUCUCGAUACUGAUAACAAGAUCCAGCACACUAUCCAGACAGAAUUCCAGGAUCGCACGCUACUUUGUAUUGCUCACCGACUUCGAACCAUCAUCUCAUAUGACCAGAUUCUAGUCCUCGACGCCGGUCUUGUUGCCGAAUUUGAUACUCCAUCCAAUCUUUUCAGAAUGGAUAAUGGACUUUUCCGCGGAAUGUGCGAGAGGAGUAAUAUCUCAUUGAAAGAUAUAGAGACGAGUAGACAGGUUUAA